CAACAAUGGAGGGAUCAAGCAACAUAGAUCCACCCAAGGUCACACCAGACCCCGAGAUCAAUCAACAGAAGGCCAAAAUCCUACUUCAGAAACUUAAGGAGGAAAUAGCCCAGGCUAAAGCAACCACUGAUCCUGCCAAAGCCAAACAACAUUAUCAGGUUGCUGAGAAAAUCAAACGAGUCUUGCUUAAUUACCAAGCACUGCAAGCUAAAAAGGAUGGAACUGAUACAGCAAGUGCUGUUCCUGUAACAGGUCCCAGCACUGUUCCUCCAAGUGCUGGUGAAUCACGUAGCACCAGUCCAGAAAUCAAAUCUCCAGUUCCUCAACGACCUAGUUCUGUGCCCGCUCCAACAACAACAAGUGCGGCUACACCACCAGUGAAUAACGAAUUACAAGGACAGAAAAUCACAAUUGAAAGAUUUAACCAUGUAAAGAAUCGUAUGAAGGAAGUUUACGAAGGUGUAAAGAAGUUGGAACAAGCACAUAGUGACGAGAAAGAUGCUGCCAAGAAACAAACCAUCAAUGAACAAAUGGAGAGGUUAAAAGGUCAAUUAGUUAGUUUCCAGAAAUUGGCAGUUUAUAUGAAAAACCAAUUAGUUCAACAGGGCAGAAUAUCAGGAAGCACAACUCCUGUAAAUGUCAAUACCCUGCCAACUCCGGUACAACCGCCACAAACCCAAGCACCAGCACCAGCACCAGCACCACAACAACCACAACAAGCACCACCACCACCACAAGAAAUUUCUUCACCAGCCAAAACCAAAUCUAUCAAGAAAGAAGAACCUGCCGUGGUAUCCCCACAAAAAUCCAAAUCUAAAUCAAUAACUCCAGCAUCAGUAACAACUUCAAUCACGCCUAAACCAGAUUCCGUCCGUCCAGAACUUGCCAAAUCGGUUUCUGUCAAAUUAAACAUGACAAAACCAACAAUAACACCAUCAAUCACAUCUGCAUCAACAACUCACCUCUCAUCACUUGCACGGCCCGAUAUCUCCCAGCUAUCAUCAAACACAAUAACACCCAACAAUAUACCCGACAAUGGUGGCCGCGUACUCACAAAACGGAAACUUGUGGAAUUAAUAAACAAUCUCGGUGUAGAUCAGGGUGACUCCAAAAUGACAAUUGAUGGCGAUGUCGAAGAUUUAUUCUUGGAUUUAGCUGACGAUUUCGUGAGAUCAGUCGUGGGAUUUUCAUGCCGCUUAGCCAAACAUCGCAAAAUUGAUCGUAUUGAUAUUCGUGAUUUGCAAGUUAAUUUAGAGCGGAAUUGGGGUUUACGAGUUCCAGGUUAUUCUAGUGAUGAAAUUAGAGCCGCCAGGAAAUGGGCUAGCCUGGACGAGUAUAGUGAUGUUGCCAAACGAAUUGAACAAGAGAAUAGAGGACCUAUCGUUGGAAAGAAGGAAAAGAAGAAUAGUAACUAAUCUAUGUAUAUCAUCUGUAUAAUAUUAAAACGAUUCAUCAUCUUCAUUAGCAAUGUAUAAUGUGCUUGUAAGUUUCAUCAACACUUUUUCAUCAACCCAAAAAUUUAAUGCCUGUGUUGCGGUGUAUUCACUGAUACUUAAUUUUGUAGCCGCAUCGUUAACUGAAACUUCAUCACUUUUCUCAUUAAACAAAUCGAUAAUUGCAGCUUGUAAUGGUGUGACUACAAACAGUUUUGUUUCAUGAUUAAUUUCAAGCUCAAGCGUGACCGAUCCCAAACUAGGUAUAUGCUUUACAGUACGGCCAGGUUUAUCAUUAAUGAACUGAGAUUUAAAUUCAUCAAAUCGCUGUUGUAUCAAGUCCGGAACAGAAAACGAAUCAUGCUCAAGCAUGCUAGAAGGCCAAUACAAAUGAGACAACACCGACAUACGUAACAAAUCUCCUUGAUAUAAUCCACUUUGUCUGAUAUCACGAAUCAUAAUAUCCAACAUGGUAAACAAAUCGUUGCCGAAUCUUGACUUGAGAAGAACUAACUUCUCUUCUAUAUCUUGCACAUCUCCACCUUCAAUCAAUUGUUUUCCAAACAAUCGCGUAAAUUCAUCGAUAAAUACUUCCUUGGAUGUGAAUAUGGAAAGAAGUGAUUCAAUCACGUCGUGUUUUCCCCGUUUGAAAUCGGCAAGGGCGUCAAUUGGAUCUGGUGUCCAUUUGAGUCCUUCAUCUCUGACAAUACUCUCUUGUUUUCUUGUCAAUUCAACAGCCAACUCAUAAAGUUUACUAGAAGGAUUGUUAUUCAACAUUCCGUGAACUAACUUAAUCACAACAUCGUCUCUGGUUCUCAAGUAUUUUCGAGCAGGUCGAAUGACUUGAUCUAGUAACACCCCUCGAGGAUCAAUGAUUAGAAAAGAUUGCAUGGUUUUGAUGUAGAUGUGAAUUAUAUCAACAGUGUCUGCGCCUGAAUGAAGCAAGUGUUUUCUCAUAGAAUCUAUAAACAGGGUGGUCAACUGACGACGUUUUGUGGAUGAUGUAAGACAUAGGUGAAGUUCUUCAAGUGCUGGUAUGGAGCUGGGGUAUGUCGACACCAUGGUAUAUAUCUCGCUUAUUCGAAGGUGGACUAGUUCAUCAUGGGCAGUUGUAUUUAGGGAAGAGAGAUAGGAUGCAGCUGGUGAUUCCGUGUAUGAUGUAACCAAGGAAAAUGUUGGGUAAAUUUGAGUAGUUAUGCAAUUGUUAAUCGAGUCUAGUAUGGGAACUGUCCAUUUCUCGGUGGCUAUUUCUUUGAUAUUUCUUUUGAUUGUGGAUAUUGCCAAUUGAAUCAUGGUAGAAUUAAGUUCAUUGGUCAAAUUUAUAGAAGUCAAUGUAGUUAUCACAUCAAUAAGUUCGAAAUGCAGUUGGCUUGACAAAUCUCCAAACAACCGUUCGGCAAAGUAUUCUUCCAUUUUGGUAUGUGAUAGUUUGCUAUUAAUUAGCAAGUUUAGUUUUCUAGUGAAGAUCAUUCGGGAACGGUUUGUGAGGUUUAAAUAAUCCAAAUGACAAUUGU